GCCCCGCCCCGCCGGCGGCCAGGGUCCCAGCGCAAGGGCCAGAGCGCCAGGGCGAGCUGGCGGGCUCUGGGAGGCUCCGACAAGCUCACAGUCCGAAAGUUUCUCUGCCUUUCUGCUGCUCCUGGGAGUGUGACUUAAGUGACGCGGGAUCCGCCGGCUCCAGUAGCUCUCUAGAAGAAGAGAAAGGGGGAACUGCACAAAAUACACCGAAAAUUCAAAAUCUGCAGCCAUUUGCAGCUAUCCCCGAGGCGGAGAAGGACAGACAGGUCCAUGGCACUCCCCGGCUCUGAGAAGCUUCUGCUCUGACCACAGCCCCCUGGCUGAGCCAGGACUACAUUUUGCUGCUACAGUCUCUCCGGGCCCCUCUUGUAUCCUGAAGGCCCUUGGUUCCGUGCCACCAUGGGCAGUGUGAGCAGCCUUAUCUCAGGCCACAGUUUCCACAGCAAGCACUGCCGUGCUUCACAGUACAAGCUGCGCAAAUCCUCCCACCUCAAGAAGCUCAAUCGGUACUCAGAUGGGCUGCUGAGGUUUGGCUUCUCCCAGGACUCAGGGCGUGGCAAGGCCAGCUCCAAAAUGGGAAAAAGUGAAGACUUCUUCUACAUCAAAGUCAGCCAGAAGGCCCGAGGCUCCCAUCGCCCAGACUACACAGCCCUGUCCAGUGGGGAUAUGGGGGGCCAGACCGGAGUAGAUUUUGAUCCAGCCACCCCACCAAAGCUCAUGCCCUUCUCCAAUCAACUGGAAAUGAGUUCAGACAAAGGGGCAGUGAGGCCCACUGCCUUCAAGCCUGUGCUGCCACGGUCAGGAGCCAUCCUCCACUCUUCACCUGAGAGCAACAACCACCAGCUUCAUCCCAUGCCUCCGGAUAAGCCCAAGGAGCAAGAGCUGAAGCCAGGCCUGUGCUCCGGGGCACUGUCUGACUCAGGCCGGAACUCCAUGUCUAGCCUGCCCACGCAUAGCACCACCAGCAGCUACCAGCUGGAUCCUCUGGUCACCCCCGUGGGGCCUACCAGCCGUUUUGGGGGUUCAGCUCACAACAUCACGCAAGGCAUCAUCCUUCAGGACAGUAAUAUGAUGAGCCUGAAGGCCCUGUCCUUCUCCGACGGGGGCAGCAAGCUGCCUCACCCAGGCAAGGUAGAUAAGGGCUCCUCGUGUGUGCGUUCCCCACUCUCCACGGAUGAGUGCACCAUCCAGGAGCUGGAGCAGAAGCUGCUGCAGAGGGAGACUGCGCUUCAGAAGCUGCAGCGCAGUUUCGAUGAGAAGGAGUUUGCCUCCGGCCAGACCUUCGAGGAGCGGCCGCGGCGGACUAGAGACGAACUGGAGUGCCUGGAACCUAAGAGCAAGCUGAAGCCAGCCUCCCAGAAGAGCCAGCGCACGCAGCAGGUGCUCCAGCUGCAGGUGUUGCAGCUGCAGCAGGAGAAACGGCAGCUAAGGCAGGAGCUAGAGAGCCUUAUGAAGGAGCAGGACCUGCUGGAGACCAAGCUGAGGUCCUACGAGCGGGAGAAAACCAACUUCGCCCCUGCUCUGGAAGAGACCCAAUGGGAGGUGUGCCAGAAGUCAGGCGAGAUCUCUCUUCUGAAGCAACAGCUCAAAGAGUCCCAAAUGGAGGUGAACACUAAGGCCAGUGAGAUCCUCAGUCUGAAAGCGCAGCUGAAGGACACCCGGGGCAAGCUGGAUGGAAUGGAGCUGAAGACACAGGACCUGGAGAGUGCCCUGCGCACCAAGGGGCUGGAGCUGGAGGUCUGUGAGAACGAACUGCAGCGCAAGAAGAAUGAGGCGGAACUGCUGAGAGAGAAGGUGAACCUUCUGGAGCAGGAGCUGCUGGAGCUGCGGGCCCAGGCUGCCCUGCAUCCCGCACCCCUGGGGCCUCCAGGGGUUGGGCUCACUUUCUCAGAGGACAUCCCUGCUCUGCAGCGCGAGCUGGAUCGGCUGCGGGCCGAGCUGAAGGAGGAGAGGCAAGGCCAUGACCAGAUGUCCUCGGGAUUCCAGCAUGAGCGGUUGGUGUGGAAGGAAGAGAAGGAGAAAGUGAUCCAGUACCAGAAGCAGCUGCAGCAGAGCUACUUGGCCAUGUACCAGCGCAACCAGCGUCUAGAGAAGGCCCUGCAGCAGCUGGCCCGUGGCGAUGUUGGAGGGGAGCCCUUUGAAAUUGACCUGGAGGGAGCUGACAUUCCCUACGAGGACAUCAUAGCCACUGAGAUCUGAGGCGCUGCCUAAGGAUGGAGGGCUGGGGACUAGACUCCAGAAAGCAGGGAGGGCUGAGCCUGUUCAAAGAGACAUUUUGAGCCCCUCUGAGAGAAGCCACCUCUGGGGCCCAGACGGUGGGGAGGGGUCACCACAUAGCCUUUCCUCCCCUCCUGCCUUUUUCAGCCUAACUAACCCUGCUGCUUAGAAGACCUUGACCUGCGGAUGCCAAGCUCUCCUAGAGAUGUGCUCAGAGGGCUCUAUGUGCAGGUUGAGGCUCUCUCAACUUUGGUCUCAUGCAAAGUAGUGAGAAAGACACUCCAUCAGGAAAGGGAGCAACUGCCAUACAGGCCAAGUGGCCACCCAAGGACAGAAACAUUUUCCCCGUUAUCCCUAAACUCCCCACGGUCCCCUGGGCAUAUUGGGAUGCCCUUGGGAAUAGAAAGAAGCCAUGUGUAACCAGAAAGAAGCCUUGGACCCUGUCUACACUACAGUCUGUUCUUCUGUCUGUGGAGGUGGAGGGGUUGUGUGCCACAUAGUUGAGCCAGCAAAUCAUGGGAGGAAGGGGUGGAUGGACAGUCCGGCAUUAUAGACCCUUCAUAGGUCUCACAAGGUCCAGGUGGGAGGUGAAGGGAGAGAACCAAAGCAGACAGGGAGUUGAGUCUAAAAGGAGCUGCAUAGCCCCUUUGACCUCAGGGGUCACUCUUUUUAAAGCCAUAGACAUUGGGGUCCCAGGUGGGGUCCAGGGAAAUGACAUGAGACAUAGAUUCCCAGCUGUGCCAGGGGAUCCUCCUCAGCAGCCAAUAUGGAAUGUUUUUCUCUCCCAAGCACCAGGCUCUCGCUUGGAUCCUGAAUAGCCAUCCACUUAGAUAGUGUACAUGGGAGCUGGGCAUUAGCCUCCCUUAUCUGUGGCCCACAUCAGCAGCAUCUUUUCCCCUCAUAGAAUCUUCAGUCUCCAUAGGUUGGGAUGUGUCACUAGUGUACCAAUAGGCUGCAUUCCAGGUAGGAGGGAUACAGGGCUCAUACAAAGAGCCUUAUAAAUAUCCCAAGCCACCCACUCUCCUCCCUCCAUGUGGUGGCACCCCAUGUUGUAAGAAUUCAGUCUAGAAAGCAGCGUGUGAGCCUGCGGGAGCCUGGCCUUGUCUUUUGAAAAUAUCCAGAUCUAGGGGCAGAGGGAAGUGCAGUUGCUUGGUUGAAGGAAUUAUCUUCUCUCGCCUUCCCCCUUCCAUUUUGUGUUUUCCAAAGCAAGCCAGAUCAAGCAGGCAGCCAAGCUGCUCCAUAUUCUAUUUUUGGCCCUUACCACAGCUGUUGUUGGUAGGGCACCCAGCCCUUGCUGGAUUCCUGAGCCAUGUGCUUGCCUGGUGGGCAGGAGCCAGGACAUAGGAGAUGUAAGGGAGGGUCUGCGUGCUUGGUUAGUUCAGGAACCAAACAGUGCUCUACCUCCCUAAUGCUGGUCCUUAAGAGUCCCUGGGUGGAUCCCAGCCCUAGUGACCUUGUCUUCCUCUGGGCUUUCUUCCCUUCCUAGUGUCUGCAGGCUAGGUGCCUCCCUUGUAGGGUGGCACUGCUUUCUGUUCUUGGGGUUAGGUUGCCCCUCUCCUGCUACUGACUCUCAGCGGCACACUAUUCUCUGGUCUACCAUUGCCCAUAGUCACAUGCUCACUUAAACCUGGAAUCUUCAGGCCAAAGAUGACUCCCCCACAACUUGCAGGGUCGUACCCUCUAUCGAGCACAGGUCACAGCCCAGUUUUAAAAGUCCAUGGCCCUCAGUUCUUUGUUGUGUACCAGUCUGUGCCUUGUUUAAGUCCUUCCUGUUGAGAAUGUCCAACAGAGGGAAAGAAAGAUAGGGGUUAACUGCCUCUCCCUAGAUUGAAGGACUCCUUCCUCUGAAAGAACAGCCAGAAGUCCACUGCUAUGCUGCGGAGUCCUUGCCUGGGAAGAAGCAGAUGCCAAGCCUGAGGCCUCAGGCCUGUGCUCUGUAUCUGUGCAGGGUGCCUUCCACUCACAGGGGGUUCUGCCCACAUCACUGCCCAGUAGCCCUGCCAUGGUCAUCUUUGAGACCUCUGCCUGGGAAUUGUUCAACCUUUAAGAUGGCAGAUCCCAUCCCAAGACUGCUGUCAGCCUGAGGUCCCAAGGUAGCUCCAAGAGGCAACUGUGCUAUAAUAACCUCAUAUCCUUCCUUGCCUUCCUUCGCGUGUGCUUUCUUCCCUUUUCUGUCCUCAAGCAUCCUCACUCUUUGUGGUCCGUGCCCAUGUUGGAUGGCUAGAUGGAACAGUGACUCGGGUGUGUGGGUUCAAGGGUAGACAAGUAGCCUGCCAUGCUUUGUCUCUCAGAUCCAUAUGGCUUCCCAGAGGUGUGUGGUUCCAGAAGGUUGCUGCUCUCUGAAGGAAGAGCAGCAGCUCGUGUCACCUCACAAGGAAGGGCCUUGUAGGAUCCAGACUCCUGCGGGGCACCUCCUUGCUCGAUUUCGUCCUCUCUCGGUACACUUGAGCUUUAGCAUGGUAACUUUUGGGGAGGCUUGGCAUCACUCCUCUGAGAGACACUUGCUGAUCUUCUCGUCCCUGGCUCCAGCUUGUGCUGUGUCUCAGGUAAGAGAGAUGUCCAAGGGAAAGCCAGGCUGGACCAGAGGUUUCCCUAGGACCUGAGAUCUCCUCAGAUGCCACAUAAAAGGCCACGGUGCCCCUCAGUGGAGACUACUUUCCAUUUUUACUCCUGGAGCCCUCGGCAGAGGCUGGCUUCGGAUGGACUGGUGUUUGGAAGAUGAAGUACAUAGUUAUUUUUCUCUUCCUUGUUUCUGGUUUGCUUUGCUCUUGAUGGCUUCAUUCUGUUUUAUUUUUUGAAGUUCUUUGUUGGCUCUGUAAACUAUUUCUGCUAAUUUUAUGUUUUUAUUUAUGAAUAAAGAAUGCCAUUUCUCCACAGUCA